UUUAGGACACUUCCUCCUUGGUCUUCGGGGGAAAAGAUGGAUCUACAAAGACGUGUAUUUACAGUGCUUGUACUUUUUGUUUUAUUUGCAAGUACAUCUGACGCUUGGUGGAAAAGGAGAAGUGGUGGCAGCAGCGGCAGUAGAUGGAUUGGUAGAACGUGGGAUAAUGCGAAAGAAAAGGCUGGAAAUGUAGUGGACGAAGCAAAAGACAAGGCUGAAGAUGCAUGGGAUGAUGUCAAAGAAGAGGCCGGAAAUGUGUGGGACGAUGUUAAAGAAAAUACAGAAAAUACAUGGGACAAUGUCAAAGACAAGGCUAAUGAUGCGUGGGACGAUGUUAAAGAAAAUGCCGGAAAUGUGUGGGACGAUGUUAAAGAAAAUACAGAAAAUACGUGGGACAAUGUCAAAGACAAAGGUGGAGAUGUAUGGGACAGUGUUAAAGAAAAGGCAAAACAAAUUGGCAAGAGAGAAGCAAACUUGAGGACCUUAGACAACUUCCGUGAGACAGUCGAACGCGGACAAGGUGGUAGGAACGCCGCAGUAUUGAUACGGAAUGCUCGUGAAAAGAACGAAAAGUGGAAUGAUGUCAACAGAGCGGCCGAACAGGACGCUAACGAAUGAAAAGGAUUGUACCAAUACAUACGGCGGAGAUGGAUUUAAAAUACAGUUUUUAAUCACAUGACUUUCAUAGCUACUGAUCCCACAAGAAUCAAUUAGGCAUUUAAUUAAUUGAUUUGAUACAAAGAAAUUCUUUAUUAACAAGAAAAAGCAACUGUUUCAUUAUAUUGCCGUCUGAAAUGUCUAUUGUUAUUAUCUCACACAUGUAUUUCAAUGAAGAUGUCUUUAGAAAACAACAGAAUAAAACGUAUCUUCCGCAUU